UUCUCUCUAGUUCUACAUCCUCUUCUAUUGCCAAGAAUUCGAGAAAACCUCGUAUAGUAGCCUACAAUGCUUUUGUAAGUGAGAAAAGCACAAGACAUAUAGAAGAAGGAGAAAAAUAAAAAUGGUGAGCAUGGCGAAAGAUGCAAGGAAGUGUUCGCAUUGUGGGCACAAUGGACAUAAUUCAAGAACGUGUAAUUCGAAAGGAGUUGGCGGAAUUAAAUUAUUUGGGGUUCGGAUCGACGAUAACAUUAGUAGUAUUAAUAAUAAUAAUCACCAUGGUCAUUGUGAUACAAAAUUGAAAAUGUUGAAGAUUGGAGAUUAUGAAUCCAUAAGGAGGAGCAAAAGUUUGGGCAAUUUGGAACAUGCCGUGAAUUAUGACCACAACGGCGGCGUUGAGGCCGGAUAUCUUUCCGAUGGGCCAAUUCAUUCACCAAGACAUAGGAAAAAGGGAAUAUCUUGGAAUGAAGAAGAGCAUCGACGUUUCUUAAUUGGCUUAGAAAAGCUUGGAAAAGGUGAUUGGAGAGGAAUAUCCAAGUAUUAUGUCCCUUCCAGAACUCCAACACAAGUAGCUAGUCAUGCUCAAAAAUAUUUUAUUAGAAUCUCCUCAAUUGAUAAGAAGAAACGUCGGCCUAGUGUUUUUGACGGGCACCUAAAAGAUCCGGUACAAAAGCAGAAUUCACAGAUUCCCUCCAAAUCUUCACCUUCUAUCUCAAACAAGGAUCCUGAAGUCUCUAAGGAGGCAAGUUCCCCGUUGGAGCAACUAUUCGACACUUGCCAAAUUAAAGGACUGGCUAGCAAAGGCGUUCCUAGUGCAACCCGUGAAAGGCCCCCACUUUCACCGUCACCGAUUAGUAGAACUUUUGGAGUCCCCAACUUACACCCCAUGCCUUACAUGGUGGGAGUUCCUCGGAAUAUCCAAGGCGUUACAACAGCCAAAGUAGGACCACCAACAAUCUCAUGGAUUCCGAUAGUCAAUUUCCAGAAUCAAAGUCAUGUCCAUCUUCCAAAUUAUUCACAAGGUACUGCUUUUGUACCUUUUGUGGCACGACCACCUAUUGGUGCAUCUUCACGGCCACCUCCUCAGGUUCAAUCUCAAGCAAGCCAUUCUACUCAAAUGACAACUAAAGAUGGUGUUAACAUAAGUAUUGGAGCUCUUUGAUUUUGAAAAAUCAUUUUUUGAUACAAGAAAAGAUAUCUUAUUCUUUAUGACAAUAAAAUAGUUGGGCAAUUUUUGGGUCGUUAUUUAGCCUAGCUAGCUAUUUUUUGUGUUUGCUUUGUUUUACUUUGUUGAACAGGGAUUGAAUUAUUUGAAGUCAUGUCCAUGAUCUUUUUGAUGUUCGUAUCAUAUGGCAAAUUCUCUUGCCCCGUCA